AUGAGGUCCACUCCGAGUGAAAGGUUAUCACUGAUGGAAGGCAGUAAAUUCGAAAUCACUUACACAAAAAAUCGCUUCAAAAAAGUUUGGUACAAAGCCAUUAUCGAGUUAGAACCACCGCAAACCAAACCCAAAUCUAGCUCCCGACAACAACAACAACGCUGUGUCCGUUUGCUUAAGGAUGACUCGUUGAGUCCUCUUACCGCCUUCACUCACACAGCUUCGUUUCGUCCGGUUUCGACAAGACAUUUCGAAAGCCGCGUCGAUAUCAAGGUUGGCUCCAUCGUGGAUGCUAAUCACAAAGGUGGGUGGUGGGUUGGUCUGGUCGUCAAAGAGGUUGGAGAUGACGAGUUUUUGGUGUUGUUCGAAUCAUUACCACCUGAUGUAGUUCUGUUUGGGAGAGAUAAGUUGAGGGUACAUCUUGACUGGGUCAAUGAGACAUUGUGGGUCUUGCCAGGACGAAAUCUACAGUUCUUGAAGCGGUUGCAGGAGAAGCCUAUGUUUGUUUCUGGGGCAAUGGUGGAAGUGAGUGAUAAGGUAGAUAAAGGUGGGGUCGUUUGGGUUCCUGCAAUGAUCAUUAAAGAGGCUGAGGAUGAGAAGGAGGAGGAGAACACGGAGGACGUGGAUGAGGAGGAGAAAGAUGAGGAUGAAGAGGAGAAUAAGGAUGAGGACAAGGAGGAUGAGGAUGAAGAUGAGGACGAAGAGGAGGAGGAUGAGGAUGUGGACAAGGAAGAUGAGGAUGAGAAAGAGGAGGAGGAGGAUGAUGAGGAAGGGGAUGAUGAUGAUGAUAAGAAAUAUAUUGUCAAGGUUUGUGUUAAUCCCUCAAGCUUUAAGGGACCCAACAAAACAGUUGACAUGCGUAGGAUUAGGCCUAGACCGCCUCCUUUUACAGCUGAAGAGCUUAAGUCGGUGGAAUAUAUAGAGGUGUUUCAGGGUACAUCAUGGCGUCAAGGGCGAGUGACGGGGCAAAUGUCUUACGGAUGGUGUAAAGUGAUUUUAGAGGCUACAAACAAGGUUGUGAGCUUCAGACUCUCGGACAUUAGGCCUUCCAAGGUGUGGCAAAACGGCAUUUGGAAGUUAUUAGAGCACGACAAGUCCAUGUUUACCUCUGGAGAAGUGGUGGAAGUGAGUGGUAAGAUAGAUAAAGCAGAGUUCGUCUGGUUUCCUGCAAUGAUCAUUAAAGAGAUUGAUGAUAAUGAUGAGAAGAAAUAUAUUGUCGAGGUUUGUGAUAUUCCCUUGAACUGCGAGGUUAUCAAGAAAAGACCCAACAAAACCGUUGAUAUCCCUAGUGUUAGGCCUAGGCCACCUCCAUUUUUGGCUGAAGAGCUUAACUCGGUAGACUAUGUAGAGGUGUUUCAGGGUAAAUCAUGGCGUCAAGGGCGAGUGACCGGGAAUGUGUGUAAUGGAUGGUAUGAAGUACGUUUAGAAGCUACAAACAAGGUAGUGAGGUUCAGACUCGUGGACAUUAGGCCUUCCAAGGUGUGGGAACACGGCGUUUGGAAGCCAAGGGAAUCACCUUUAACUCAAGGAUCGGUAGAUGAGAUGGAUGACUCUGGUAAUACAUUCUCUCCAGUGUCUAACAGUCCACCUGUAACCCCAUCCCCAGGCAUAACUGCAACAUCGUUGAUACAAACACGAGAGAAUCCAAUGGAAUCACCUUUAAGUCAAGGAUCAGUAAAUGAGAUGGAUGAAUCUGCAAAUGAAUCUGGUUCAUCCAUAACCCCAUCUCCGGCCAUAACUGCAACACCAUUGAUACAAACCCCAGAAAAUGGAACUAGAGAAGAUAACAAUCGGAAGAGGAAGAGAGAACAAUUCUCAUGUUCUGUUGAAGAUAUUGAUGAGGAAAAUGAAGCAAAGGAGGAUAUAACAGUGGUUUUGCCCUUUGAGAAGAAGUUACCAAUCUGGAAGACAGUUGAAUCAAUGGAAGUAUUCAAAACAUUCCCACAAAGUCCUCAUUUCACUCCAUUGCUGGAGAUCAGAGAAGACGCCCGUGAAAUGUCUGCGGUUGGUAUGAUGCUAACCUUCUCUGGAUUACUUGAGGAAGUCAAAGCUCUGAAACUCAACAAUCCCAUAAGCUCACUAAACAGCCUCAGUGAUUCCUUUGCCGAGUUAGAGAAGCAUGGGUUCGAUGUCAAAGUACCUAUGUUGCGGAUUAGUAAGCUCUUGUCUCUCAUAGAUAGGCAAGCAAAGAAGAUGGAGGAGCUCGAAGGUGCCGAGAAAGUGACUGCAGAGAAAGAGAGAAACAAGGUUGAGAACGAACGCAAGAUUCUGGAGCUGCAAAAGCUGAAUGAAGAGGCAGACAAAGAGAUAACACAGAGUAAGUCAUGUGAAGCAAAGAUUGGCCAACAGCUUGAAGAUGUGAAGCUUCAGUUUCACACAACUGCGUCAGCUCCAUGGUAAAAUGUUAAGCUAAGCUCUAUUUUGCAAAUAAAAAAGCUAAGAUUAGUAUGUAAUUAGGAAGACUUAGUUGGCCCCUUUAGCCUCACGGUUGAUGUUUAGUUUAGAAUUUAGACUAUAGUAGUUAAAAAAAAACUAAAAUUUAUGGGAAAAGAGCAGCAAGAAACUCAUCAAGUACCCUAUAUAUGAUUAACUAAAACAAAGAGUAAAAAUUAGACUAAUAUAUUUAUUAAAGAUGAAUAGGAUAACUAUAAGAAGAAAGAUAACUAGUAGAGGUAUAAUUUGGAUUUCACCAGAAAAAAGGUAACGUCAAAAAAAUAGAGGUAUUUGGAUUUAGUAAAAAAUUAGACUGCUCUUUGACUUUGUUUGUUUGGAUGUUUGUAUGCUACUAUGCUUUGUAUUUCAAUACAUUUUAGC